UCGUCAGUGUGGGAGAAAUCCAGGGGCCCAUCAACAGUAGCGCUGAGUGAAGCAGAGCUGAGAGAUGCGCGUUCACUGAGCCGGAGGAAGGAGCACGGCUGCCUUUUCCUCCACCGCGCCUCACUACACUAUACUAUAAUAACCGCCUCAUCACCACCAUCAGCAUCCCACCGCCCCCGGCACACUCUGGUCAAGAAAGGAUCCGGUUUGUGGAUGGAAUUUUGCUCUGGAUUACUAUAAUUUGCGGUAUUUACGCACGGGGCUUUUGUCCGUCCGGAGUCUCUGCGUGAAAAAAAGUUUAAACCAUGGGGCGUGGAACCGGACCAACGAUGACCGUUCUGUGCUUCAACCCAGGAAACCGCCUUAAAGAAAAAUCACAAGACACAGCUCUGAAUCACUGACAAAACACGCUACGGCUCACCUUUACCAUAGCGAUUUUACGCGUUUAUGUGGAAAUUGAAUUUUUUUUCCUUUCCUUUUUCGCACAACUCUCCAUAGAUUUGGCAGUUGAGAUAAGAUCCUUUAUCUGCGUUAGAUCUGCCUCUCAGAUAAAAAAGGAUAUUGCGCUGUCUGCCUGACUAAGAUUAUCUAUGUGGAAUAUAACAUUCAGCAGAAAAAGCCCGGAACUAAACCAUAAUCAGAUGUUCAUAUCACUUUGAGGAUCUGUCCCCAGUUCUCACCCUCUUCUGAGCUCCCUGUUAUUCUCUACCAUGAAUCCAAACAGCCUACCUGGAUGUUUCCUUAUGCUGCUAAGUACCAUGCUGGGCCUAAGCACAGGCCUGGAGUUUACAGGCUCUGAAGGUCAGUGGGCUCGCUACCUGCGCUGGGAUGCCAGCACCAGAAGCGACCUGACGUUUCAGUUCAAGACUUCAGAACCAGAGGGCCUGAUGCUCUACUUUGAUGAUGGUGGAUAUUGUGACUUUCUGCUUCUCGCUGUAUCUGAGGGUAAGCUGCAGCUUCGCGUCAGUAUUGACUGUGCCGAGACCACCAUCACCUCAGAUAAAAUGGUUAACGACAGCCGCUGGCACUUUGCAGCAGUCAACAGGCACAAUUUGCGGACUGGCUUGGCCUUGGAUGGCCAAACCAAGACGGAAGAGGUGCGGCCUCAGCGGCAGUUCAUGAAUAUUGUCAGUGACCUCUUUCUUGGAGGCCUCCCAGGGGACAUCCGCACAUCUGCCAUCACCCUGCCCUCCGUCCGCGAGCUAGCUCCAUUCAAAGGAAUUAUCACAGACUUCAGUUAUGGGAGUAAGCUGCCCACGCUUAUCAAUAGUCAGAAAGUCCGCUUGGAGAUGAUGGGCCUGUGCACAGAGAACCCCUGUGAGAAUGGUGGGAUCUGCUCACUGGCAGAUGGAGAACCCUACUGUGACUGCUCCAGAACUGGAUAUGUAGGUCGAUACUGCACUGAAGCAGUCCUGAGAAAACCAGGCCUCGCACACCUGAAGGCAGAGCAAGGUAGAAGCAAAGCGAGGGAGGAGAACGUGGCCACCUUCCGCGGCUCGGAGUACUUCUGCUAUGACCUGUCACAGAACCCCAUCCAGAGCAGCAGCGACGAGAUCACGCUGUCCUUCAAGACCUGGCAACGCAACGGCCUCCUCCUGCACACGGGGAAAUCCGCAGAUUAUGUCAACCUGGCACUGAAAGACGGGGCAGUCUCGCUCGUCAUCAAUCUGGGUUCUGGCGCUUUCGAGGCCAUCGUCGAGCCGGUCAAUGGAAAAUUCAAUGAUAACAGCUGGCACGACAUCAAAGUGACACGCAACCUGAGACAGCAAUCAGGCAUUGGACACGCUAUGGUAAACAAACUACAUUGUCUGGUCACAAUCUCCGUCGACGGGAUCCUCACCACCACUGGCUACACCCAGGAAGACUACACCAUGCUGGGAUCUGAUGAUUUUUUCUACGUGGGUGGGAGCCCCAGCACUGCAGACCUGCCUGGAUCUCCAGUUAGCAACAAUUUCAUGGGCUGUCUGAAAGAGGUGGUGUACAAGAACAACGAUAUCCGCCUGGAGCUCUCCCGCCUUGCCCGCAUUGUCGACCCCAAGAUGAAGCUCCAGGGCGACGUGGUCUUCAAGUGCGAAAACGUUCCCACCCUCGACCCCAUCAACUUCGAGACCCCCGAAUCCUACCUGGCCUUGCCAAAAUGGAACACCAAGCGCGUGGGCUCCAUCUCCUUUGACUUCCGCACCUCUGAACCCAACGGGCUGAUCCUCUUCACCCACGGUAAGCCUCAGGACAGGAGGGACGCGAAGGGCCAGAAGAACAACAAGGUGGACUUCUUUGCAGUGGAGUUGCUGGAUGGAGGGCUCUACUUGCUGCUAGACAUGGGCUCCGGAACUAUCAAGGUCAAAGCAACGCAGGCUAAGGUCAAUGACGGCUCCUGGCACCAUGUGGAUAUCCAGAGAGAUGGUCGCUCAGGCAUCAUCUCAGUAAACAGCCGUCGGACCCCUUUCACAGCCAGCGGGGAAAAUGAGAUCCUGGACCUGGAGGGGGACCUUUAUCUGGGCGGUCUGCCUGACAACCGAGUGGGCUUGGUGCUCCCGACUGAGCUCUGGACAGCUAUGCUCAACUACGGCUACGUGGGCUGUGUUCGGGAUCUGUUCAUCGAUGGCCGCAGCAAGGACAUCCGGCAGAUAGCUCAGUCACAGAACAUGACGGGCAUCAAGUCUUCGUGUAGUAAGGUGACGGGGAAACAGUGCGACAGCAACCCCUGCAAGAACAACGGGGUCUGUAAGGAGGGCUGGAACCGCUUCAUUUGUGACUGUACCGGGACCGGCUUUUGGGACAGUACCUGCGAGAGAGAGGCAUCGAUAUUGUCUUAUGACGGGAGCAUGUAUAUGAAGGUGGUGAUACCUAACAUCAUGCACACUGAGGCUGAAGACGUCUCCCUCCGCUUCAUGUCCCAGCGAGCGUUCGGCCUGCUCAUGGCCGCCACGUCUCGUGAUUCUGCAGACACACUGCGGCUCGAGUUGGACAGCGGAAGGGUCAAGCUGACGGUCAACCUAGACUGUGUCAGGAUAAACUGUAACACCAGCAAGGGCCCUGAGGUUCUUUAUGCUGGACAAAAGCUCAACGACAAUGAGUGGCACUCAGUGCGAGUGGUCCGCCGCGGUAAAAACUUCAAACUCACUGUGGAUGACGACAUGGCGGAAGGUCAGAUGGCGGGUGAUCACACUCGUCUAGAGUUCAACAACGUGGAGACGGGAAUCUUGACUGAGAGACGCUUUGUUUCAUCUGCUCCUUCACCAUUUAUUGGUCAUCUGCAGAGCCUAAAGUUCAACGGUAUGCAGUACAUUGAUAUGUGCAAGAAUGGCGACAUCGACUUCUGUGAACUCAACGCUCGCUUCGGCAUGCGUUUCAUCAUUGCCGACCCCGUGACUUUCAAGACUAAAGGCAGCUACCUGGGCUUGGCCACACUUCAGGCAUAUACCACAAUGCACCUCUUCUUUCAGUUCAAAACCACCUCACCUGACGGUUUCAUCAUCUUCAACAGCGGAGAUGGGAACGACUUUAUUGCCGUUGAGCUGGUUAAAGGAUUUAUUCACUAUGUCUUCGACCUGGGAAAUGGGCCCAGUCUGCUGAAAGGAAACAGUGACAACCCACUGAAUGAUAACCAGUGGCACAAUGUGGUCAUUACCCGAGACGCUUCCAACACACACACACUCAAGGUGGACGCAAAGUCAGUCACCCAGAAUGUCAACGGAGCCAAGAAUCUGGACCUGAAAGGCGACCUGUUCAUUGGAGGUUUGGGACCUAACAUGUAUCAGAAUCUCCCCAAGCUGGUGGUUUCUCGGGAGGGCUUCCAGGGAUGCCUGGCCUCGGUUGACCUCAACGGCCGUCUGCCAGACCUCAUCAGCGACGCCCUUUUCCGCAGCGGGCAGAUCGAGCGCGGCUGUGAAGGCCCCAGCACCACCUGCCAGGAGGACUCAUGCGCCAACAUGGGCGUGUGCAUCCAGCAUUGGGAGAACUUCACCUGUGACUGCUCGUUGACGUCCUACUCGGGGACCUACUGCAACGACCCUGGCACGACCUACAUCUUUGGCAAAGGAGGGGGUCUGAUCACAUACACGUGGCCCAAUAACGAGAGGCCAAGCACCCGGACGGACCGGCUAGCCGUAGGCUUCAGCACUACCAUAAAAGAUGGCAUCCUGGUCCGCAUCGACAGCGCCCCACGUCUGGGUGACUACAUCAUGCUCCACAUUGAACAAGGCAAAAUAGGUGUGACAUUCAACAUCGGAACGGUGGACAUCAGCGUUAAGGAGGUAAACACGCCGAUAAACGAUGGCAAAUACCAUUUGGUCCGAUUCACCAGGAACGGGGGCAAUGCAACCUUGCAGGUGGACAACUGGCCGGUCAAUGAGCACUUUCCCACAGGCCGGCAGUUGACGAUCUUCAACACCCAGGCCACUAUCUCGAUCGGAGGAAACGACCGGAAGCGGCCCUACCAGGGCCAGCUCUCCGGCCUCUAUUACAAUGGCCUCAAAGUCCUCAACAUGGCCGCCGAGGGCCACGCUAACAUCAAGGUGAACGGCAGCGUGCGGCUGGUGGGCGACGUCCCCACUAGCCGGGGAGCGGCACGCACCACCACCUCGGUACCGCCAGAGAUGUCCACCACCUUUAUAGAGACUACCACCACCUUGUCUACCACAACCACCCGCAAACAGCGCUCACCACCCACUAUCCAGACGACAGAUGACAUUGUUUCGUCAGCAGAGUGCUCCAGCGACGACGAGGACCUGGAAGAGUGCGACUCCGGACAUGCAGGAGGGGAGCUAGUUAUCCCCGUGCUAGUCGAGGACCCCAUAGACAUCCCUUCUGUAUCCACCCGUUCUCCCUUCAUCCCCCUCCCCCCAACCCUCCGCCCUGUCCUCACCAUUAUUGAGACCACCAAAGAAUCCUUGGCCAUGGCCACUGAGGCGGGGGUACCUUGCUUGUCGGACCGAGGCAGCGAUGAUUGUGAUGAUGGUGAUGGUGGUGAUGAUGAUGAUGAUGAUGAUGAUGGCAUGGUGAUUUCGGGGUUUGGCUCUGGCGAAGCUUUCGACUCUAGCCUGCCCCCGACUGACGAUGAAGAUUUUUACACCACCUUCUCCCUGGUAACAGAUAAGAUCUUGACCACAUCGGCCUAUGAAGGCGGCUACAAAGCCCUCGCGCCCAAGUGGGAGGCCAAGGACUUGAGGCCUAGCAAAGCCUCUGAGGCAGGUAGGACUACACCCACCUCGCCUCUGCCCGACCUCCGGGGCACGCCGCCGGCGGCGCCCUCGGACACGCCACCCAAGCUGCCUGCCGGGAAAAUGAACAACCGCGAGGUAAAACCCCCGCAGCCGGACAUGGUCCUGGUGUCACUGCCCACGUCCUUCGAUCUGGACGGCACCAAGCCACGAGGCCCCUUCAUCACCUCGCCCAUGCUGCGCACGGUGCCUGCCGCCCUGCCCACGGUGCCCGGCGUGCAGCGGGUGCCCCCGGGGGCCUCGGAGGUGGUCCGGGAAUCCAGCAGUACCACGGGCAUGGUGGUGGGCAUUGUCUCAGCCGCCGCCCUCUGCAUCCUCAUUCUCCUCUACGCCAUGUACAAGUACAGGAACAGGGAGGAGGGUUCCUACCAGGUGGACGAAACACGCAACUACAUCAGCAACUCGGCGCAAACCAACGGCGCUGUGGUGAAGGAUAAAGCACCCAGUGGCAGCGCCAAAGGCAGCGCCAGUAGCAAGAGACCGAAAGACAAGGACAAGGAAUAUUAUGUAUAGAAAUCCAGUCAUUUCCCCACCCAUAAAGCUACAAACUGUUUGGAACAAAGUUAAGAACAUUUUGACAGUACCAUAUUGGCAACUGUGAUUUAAAAAGAAUCAAAUCUCUUUAGAACUCGAGACUUACUGAGUCGCAGAAACAUUUACAAAAAAGAACUUUGGCUUAUGGAAGCACACUUACUAUUGUAAGCAUUACAGAGAGACAAUGCAGUAACAGCUGCACCGGGACUCAGCGUGGACACUUUUAAGGAGUCCCUACUGGAGACAUCCGGCAGUGUGAAUAACAUCACUUUAACACCCACACGACCCCAAGUGACUGUCUAAGAGGUGUGUGAUCCUUGGAGUUCUGACGACCUUGUCCAUUGUAACCCUGUAAAAUACGAUCACUGUCAUUUCGGCCAUUCUGAGCAUGCAUGUGAGGUGUAUGUGACGUGGUGCUGGCAUCUUGUGUAAGUGAGGGACCUCAAGAAACAAUGAUUGUUGGGGAAAGUUGGAAGUCAAACCCUGAUUUCGCGUUACAAAGCGGUUUCAUUAAAUGUAGCUUUCAUGGAUGCGAUAUGAGGUAACGUAUACGUGUUUCUUGUUUUUCUUUUAUUAUUUUUUAUUUAUUCAAUCAAUCAGUAGUUUAUUUAUUUAUAUAUUGAAUUUCACUUUUUUUGUUUUCUUUAGUUUGUUUUUCUAAGGAUGAUGGCCGGUCAGGGUUGACUAGGCAGAGCUCAGCAGGAUGUAAUACAGUAAUGUAUUUCAAUAUUUUUCUCCCCCGCCCUCACGUCUCAGUUAAGGAUUGGACUGCUCUGCAGGGCAUCCAAAUUCUAGACGGCGUUCAAGCGUGCAAGAGUGGAUCCACCAGGCAAACUGUACAAUGUUAUUUCUCAGAGUUUCAAAUGUCUGAUAGCAUUUGUCUUCUUUUCCCUUUUCAUUUGAUUUCUUUUUAUUUUUUGGUCGUUCCUCUGUUUCCUUUUACCGAUAUGACGCCGUGGCAAAAAUGCAUUACCAUAAAAUGUGUCUGAUGAAGAUGUAAUUGUCACAAUCUUAACGAAGAAAAAGCAAACAAACACAGGCUGAAGAUUUACUCCGGUGUGAUUCUAUCUGUUGUCACAGACGACUGUGUCAAAAACAUGUUUACAUAUUUUAUUACAUCUAGCCGUCGUGCUUUGCAGGUCAAAUGUUGUACAGAAGAUUCCAGUUCCUGUUGAGUUAUUUUUUAUCCUCUUCUUGUAUAGAUGGACCGUUUGAUUUGAUUUUUCUGCUGUAGCAACAUGACUGGAAAAAGGAAAACAAAAAAAAGAAAAGAAACAUUUUUAUUCUUUUGCCUGGAGAUGAGAAAGUGAUGUGCACAGGAACAUUUGUUUAGGCAGGGAACAAAUGCAGUUAGACGACAAGUCUGGUCUCCCUGGAUGGUGUUUGUCUUCAGUCGCAUGAAUAUUUGACCACCGGAAGCCGUCAGUCGGAUAAAAGACGCCUCCCUCAGAUCUUGUCUUAGGGACUCCUCCUUAUUCUGAAGUUGCUUUCAUCAUGUUAUUUAUUUAUUUUUUUAUUGGAAAUUCAAAAAAAAUGAAACGAGAAUAAAGACAGAUUAUGAUGGAUUUGGAGAUCUAUUGCUAGAACCUUACUGGCUUACGGAUGUUUUUUAUUUAGUUCCUUUUUUCUGUCUUUUUUUUUUUUACUGUAUCGUCUUGUCUGAUCAGCUCAUCACUUUUUUUGCAUUCGAUUUUUUUUCUGUCCUUGUAUAGCUAAUUUCAUGUCUCAUUUAUACGACAUUAUCUUCCGACAAUAUGUCGGGUUUUUCUUUUUUAAUGUCAUUUAUUUAUUGCUGAAAUUAUUUGUCCUCUUCUGUUUUCAUGCAAAUCAGUCGGUGUGUAUGUUCACUUUGAUUUUUUGUGUUGGUACUUGGCUUUUUCAGCCAGUUUAAUUAUCGUCUUCUGCUUCUCCUUUUUGACUCCAAACAAUUCCCAGAAAUAAAAAAGGAAAAAAGUU